AUGGCUAAUUCAGCCUUUUCACAGAGAUGGCGCGAAAGCCUGGAGGGCGGUCAGCCAAGCGACCAAGCAGAGAUUCAAGGGCGGCAGAGAAAGGCCCAAGCCCUCUGUUCUAGCAGCGGACGCCACCAACCGUGCCAAGGAUGCUUGGCGAAAGCGGCCGAGCUGAGGGAUGUGAUGGCGUCCCUCGAGCUCGUCCAGGUACGAUCGCGCGCCGCGGUGGAUCGCUGCAACAAGCAGCAAGCCGACCUGGAGCGCCGGCGGGACCGCACUAGGCAGCUGGAGAGGUCUCUGGAGGAGACCAAGGCCGAAGUCGAUCGCAUCCAGGCAUCGAUGCAACAGCUCGAGAGGGAAAACCUCUCCCUGCGCGCUCAGUUGGCGGAGAGGGCAAGCUCUUCUGCUGCAGCGGCAAUGCUACAGAACCUGGCGGCCGCCGCCACCACCGCCACCGCCGAGGGGGAAGGACUGGGUACCGAGCAGGGCGUGGCGGACGCACGCCCAGUGGGCGACGGCUUGGGAACCGCGUUCGUCCGACGUCAGCUGGAAGAUGCAUGCGCGAAGGCGGUGUUUGCCCAGCAUGCGUUGGAUCCGGAACGCGGGUUGCUCCAGAUGGGCGACGAGCUCGGGGCUGGUGGGCAUGGCACAGUGCGCAAGGCCGUGGACCCGACCACGGGGAAGACAUACGCGGUCAAGACCGCCAACGACGAGGAAGGCAUGGCCUGCCUGAAGGAAGAAGCGAAGAACCUCACCCGGCUCGGACCUCACGAAGGAAUCGUGGAGGUCAAGGCCGUCCUCGACAAGGGCGAGUCCGUGUCCAUCGCGAUGGAGCUCGGGCAGACCGACCUGCAGCGCGCAAUGUUCGACAACGACCACACCCCGGCCGACCUCCUGCGGUAUGCCGCGCAGGUGGCCGACGGAGUGGACUUCAUGCACAGCAAGGACCUCGUCCACGGGGACGUGAAGCCCGACAACGUCGUCCUCGUCAAGAAGAGCGAGACCCUUACCGUGGCCAAGUUGGCCGACCUCGGCUUGUCGCGCGCGGUGGGUGAGAGGAAACACAGAGGCUGCGGUACGCUCGGGAACUCCAUCACUCCCAACAAUUACUUCGAGGAGGUUCCCGCUGACAAGGCCGACGACGUCUGGGCCUUGGGCGUGUUGCUUCUGUCCUUGCUGCUGCCGCGGGGCCUCUUCUCGAGCAACUUCUUGACGAGUCGCGUCCUCCACACCGCCGCGGAGAGGGAGGCACUCGCACGCUCCACCACGAGCAGGCAGAGACUCGAGAUUAAGUUUCGCAUGUCCUCCCGCACGGCCAACGACACGUCCGAGAAUGGAUUCCAGAAGAGGAUGAUCAGGGGCAUGCUCUUCGUGACGCUCGAGCAGACGAUGCGGGACACCGCCUGUGAUUUUCUGCGGCGCAUGGUCGACCCCGACGCCAGCAAGCGGCCGGACAUCGGUGAGGUGCGUUCGUGGCUGCCGUCCAUCGUCCGGUCCGCGGAGAGGCAGACGGCGGUCAUGGCGGCGGCCGCUCUAGUGCCGACAAUGCCCUCUCCCCGGCCUCGGUUGCCCCUGUCGAGAGGGGGCUCCGUGUCUACGAUUUCGUUUUCGUCCUCUGGGGGUAGCUCGGACUCUUCUUCUUCUUCUUCUUCUGCGGCGAGAACGUCAGACUCUGCUUCUUCGCCUUCGGCCGGGUCGGCGCCAUCGGCCGGGGGCUCCGUAGAAUCGUUCUCGUCUUCGGCCUCUCGCGGUAGCUCGGGGAGGCUCGCCGUUGUCUUGGAGGACGAGGACGGUAUGGCUGUGAGUGGGCAACAAGAAGACGCUACCCCGAACCCGCCCGCCGCCGCUACCGCCGCCACCGCCACCGCCGCCAUCACUCCCUCGAUGGCCGGCAGCACUAGUGCAGAGGCCGCGGGUGGCGACAACUCGGCCCCGGACUCUUGGAUGCCCUCGCACGACGGGGCUUCUCUCGCCGUCGGUACCGGUGCGGCAGAGAGCGUGCAGGAUGGCGUGGCGCACAACUCCGGUUCGGAGGACGCCUGGUCCACAGGCACCAACAGCGUCUCCGGCGUCGAUGCUGCCGUCGGAAUCAACUCGAGCGCCGACAUCUCCCAGCAGCAGGUGCGGUGGGCGCGACCGACGGGCUUGCUGCUGCCGCUGGUCAGCGGGGGCGGGUGCAGCACCAGCGGUAGCCGGCAGGCCCGAGGCGAUGAUGGAGAGGCGACGGUGGAUGCCGAGGGUUGGUCCGAGCCCGUAGCGGUGGGGUGUGUGAGCGUCGAAGGGAUCAUCGACGGCAACGGUAGCGCGGACGCCGGCACCUCGAGCGCGGUCGACGUGACGUUGACUCUGACCCCGGCAGUUUCCGCGAUGGUGGCGGAAGAGGGGCCGACUGGUGAUGGUACCUUUGGCGAGCACUGGGCAGUCGGUGGGAGUCGGGAGUGCCUCGGCAGCGGCGAGUGGGGAGAGGCGGCCGCGACGGGGCCGCGGCAACGACCCCGUCUGGGCACGUUCUUGAAUCUAGUCUCGGAGGGCCCCCCCGCCGCCGCCACUGCUGGUGAAGGUGCUGUGGGUGCAUCGUCCACGAUGACCGCUCCUCCCCCCAUUGUGCCAGGGAGUUUCGCGUUCGAGGGUGCGGGUACGGCGGGGGGACAAGAGCCGUGGGCGAUUGACCUGGGGAUGGCUGCUGCUGGAGCGGGUGGAUGGGGAAUCGACCUAUGGGUGACGGCUCUCGCCCCUCUUCCUCAGGAUGUAUUCGCCCCGGAGGUAAACAUGGCCGUUCAAUGUGGCCGCUACGGCCGCCGCCGCCGCCGCCUCCCCUGCUUUGCCUCCCUCCACUGA